CCGGCUGCAGCUACUAGGAAGUGACUGCCUAAGUCCUCCCCUCCUGCUCUGCAUUGAGCUGACUCAGUCUGUGCAGUUGUUAGGGACUUAGGUGCAGCCGUGUGGGCUCCUGGAGGUAGGGGAGCAGCUGCUGCACACAGGGACUCACUGCGUGAGGCUAGUGCUGGCGGCGGUUCCAGAGUGAAAAGGUUGGUUUGCAGUUUCCCGGGUACCUGCCAGCUGGCGCCGGGAGGGUAGCAGCAGAGUUGCCCAUUGAUUGUGCCUCAGCCCAGCUCCAGAAGGACCACAGUGAAGGGUCAUGCUGGUACUGGGAUGAGAGUAGCAAGGUGCCAGGAGACAGACAAAACGAGAUGUCCUCGCUGCUGAAAUGGUCUUCCUUGCCAGUGGCAGGCAUGGUCUCGGAGCUGAAGUUCUCAGUUCCUUGGGGCCACAUUGCAGCCAAAGCCUGGGGAUCCCCGCAAGGCCGUCCUGUGCUCUGCUUGCAUGGCUGGCUGGACAAUGCCAACACCUUCAACAGACUCAUCCCAUUGCUCCCUAAAGAUUACUGCUACAUGGCAAUGGAUUUUGGGGGCCAUGGCCUGUCAUCCCACCGGCCUGCAGGCUUUCCAUACCACUUCCUGGACUACGUGAGUGAGGUCUGCAGGGUGACGGCAGCUUUGAAGUGGAGUCGAUUUACUCUAAUGGGUCAUAGUUUGGGUGGGAGUGUUGCAGGAAUGUUCUCCUGCAUUUUCCCUGAGAUGGUGGAUAAGCUGAUCCUGGUGGAAUCUUGUGGCUUCUUUCCAGCUCCUCAGGGUCAGGACAGAGGCCCAGGAUUAGAUAGGCAAAGGAAGCUGAACUCCCCUCUUCCCUCUAGAAAUGGGCCAUCCAGGUCAGAGGAAAGCGACAUGUGGCUGGACUCUAAGAGGAAGGUGAUUGAAAGUCUCCUGAGCCUGGAAGAGAACAAGCCCCAGCCCCCUAAAGUACGCAGCCCCCAGGAAGCACUGCAGAGGCUAUUGCAAGCCAACAGCCACCUGACAGAGGAGAGUGGGAGGAUCUUACUGCAGCGAGGAGCAACUGAGGUGAUGGGAGGCAUGGUGUAUAACAGAGACUUAAGAGUCCUUACGCACAAUCAAGAUGCCCUUACUCUGGAGCAGUGUUCGCGCUUCUUGAGAGAAAUCCAGGCCAGUGUUCUAAUGAUCAUAGCACAGGAUGGAAUUUUUAAUCCUGAAAAGAAGAGCCAGUACUUUGUGAAGCCUCUUCAGGAAGCCUUCCAGUCCAACCUUAAGCACAGAUUCCAGUUAGCCGAGGUGACUGGGAAUCAUUUUGUGCAUCUGAAUGAGCCUGAAGUAGUGGCAGGGAUCAUCAACGCUUUCCUAAAGAGGGACCAGAGCUCCAAAGCCAGGCUGUAGGCUAGAAUCCUGCAUCAGGGCUUGGUUACCUGCUUCCUGGGGGAGACAGCAGCAGUGACAAGAGAGCAAAGAGCAUAACAGCCUUGGAGACUGAACUUAACCGAUCUGGGCCCUGCAAUUUGCCCAUUACGUGAUUUUCAUUCCUCUUCUGAACCCUGGGAAUGGCAGAAAGCACCCAGGCAGGGAGGAGUUUCCGUAAGGAAGAGCUGAGUAAACUCCCAUGUGUUCAAAUGCAGAUGGGGAUGAGAUCUACCUCAUGCCUCCACUUCACCUGCUACACGAACAGCUUUUGGAUUUAAGGUCUAGCUCCCUGUUAAACCUUGUGCAGUUUCA